AUGAAGCUGGUUCAUGGCAUUGCAGCAGUAGUGAUGAGGCAGUUGCAGGCAGUUGCAGUGACUAGAGAAGCAAAUGUAGAUCAAAACCAGAGUAUAAAGCUCCUCAGAGGAGAUGUUGCACUGCAGGUGGUCUUCUUGGUGCUUUUACUCACGCUCUCCGCUCUAUUCGCUGGCUUGGGACUCGGUCUCAUGUCGCUCGACCUCAUUGGACUGGAAAUCGUCGUGGCUGCCGGAGAGGACGAGCGUGCCACGACAAUGGAGCGCUUGAACAGUGACGCGGCCAAGAGAGUGAUCCCCUUGCGUCGGAACGGCAACUUGUUGCUCACGACGCUGCUACUGGGCAACGUGGCCGUAAAUGUGCUCACGUCGAUUGUCACGGCCGACCUUACGAGCGGUCUGUUUGGCUUCAUCGCCUCAACAGUUCUGAUCCUCAUUUUCGGAGAGAUUAUUCCUCAAGCGCUCUGCUCGAGAUACGCGCUAGUGAUCGGUGGCAAAGUGGUCCCGUUCGUUCGCGUCUUAAUCGCUCUGUUCUACGUUAUUGCCAAGCCCGUGAGCUUGGCGCUGGAUGCGACGUUGGGCGAAGAUAUUGGCACGGUGUUUACAAAACGACAACUGGCGGAGAUCAUUGAUAUGCACGAAAAGCAGCAGAUGAUUGACGAAGAUGAAGGCAGUAUCAUUCGUGGCGCCAUGAGUUUCGGGAACAAGACUGCACAGAGUAUCAUGACGCCGUUUGACAAAGUCUUCAUGGCUCCCAUCUCGGCGGUGCUGAAUCGGGAGCUCAUCCAUAGUAUCCUCGCCAGCGGGUUCUCUCGCGUCCUGGUCUAUGGCACUUCAGUCAAUGACAUUGUCGGGACCAUCCACGUGAAGGACCUCAUAUUCGUCGAUUCGAAGGAGAAAACCCGUUUGUCAAGCUUCUUCCAGAUCUUUGGUCGGUCUACCCGAUCCGUGGAUCCGGAUUGCAGGCUAAGCGCGCUGCUGCAUAUGUUCAAAUCGGAAAGUGCGCACCUGGUUCUUGUUAAACAGCCACAGGUGACCAACCCGAUGAAUGAUAGGCACAAGCUGCUGGGCAUUGUCACCCUUGAGGACGUCCUGGAGGAAAUUUUGCAAGCCGAGAUAUUGGACGAGCAAGAUGUGUACGACUGCAGCAUUCACGACUCGCAGCGCAAAGUAUUUUCGCUGCGCCAGUUUAACAAAUGCGGGCGUCUGGGCAUCGAUGACUUGUGUCAAGCUGAUGACCCAUCCGAAGACGAGCUCGCUGCGGGGCUCGUACAAGUACUACCUACAAGUGAGAGGAGUUCCGGAGCUUCUAUCUAG